AUGGUUGGGUUCCUGCUCCUGUUCCUCCCUUUCCCUUUUCUCCUGUACAUCGCUGCACCGCAAAUCAGGAAAAUGCUAUCCAGUGGAGUGUGUACAUCUACUGUCCAGCUUCCUGGGAAAGUAGCUGUGGUCACUGGAGCCAACACAGGCAUUGGGAAGGAGACAGCCACAGAGCUGGCUCAAAGAGGAGCCAGGGUAUAUUUAGCUUGCCGAGAUGUACAAAAGGCGGAAUUGGUGGCCAGAGAAAUCCAGACCAAGACGGGGAACCAGCAGGUGUUCGUGCGAAAACUAGACCUUGCUGAUACUAAAUCUAUUCGAGCCUUUGUUCAGGACUUCUCAGUAGAGGAAAAACAGCUUCACAUUUUGAUCAACAAUGCAGGAGUGAUGAUGUGUCCCUAUUCCAAGACAGCAGAUGGCUUUGAGAUGCACAUGGGAGUCAAUCACUUGGGUCACUUCCUCUUGACCCACCUGCUUCUAGAGAAAUUGAAGGAGUCAGCGCCAUCACGGGUAGUGAAUGUGUCUUCCUUAGCACAUUACCUGGGAAGAAUCCACUUCCAUAACCUGCAGGGCGAGAGAUACUACAAUGCCGGCCUGGCCUACUGUCAUAGCAAGUUGGCCAAUAUUCUCUUCACCCAGGAAUUGGCCCGGAGGCUAAAAGGCUCUGGUGUUACAACGUAUUCUGUACAUCCUGGCACAGUCAAGUCUGAAUUGACUCGACACUCAUCUUUCAUGACAUGGAUGUGGUGGCUUUUCUCCUCCUUUUUGAAGACCCCUCAGCAGGGGGCCCAGACCAGCCUGUACUGUGCAUUAACAGAAGGCCUUGAGAAUCUGAGUGGGAAACAUUUCAGUGACUGCCAACUGGCAUGGGUUUCUGCCCAGGCCCGAAAUGAGGUGAUAGCACGGCGGCUGUGGGACGUCAGCUGUGACCUGCUGGGCAUCCCAUUGGACUGA